AUGCCUCUGCGGGACCGCUCGGCGCGGACGGAUGUGGCUGAGACCAUGUCGCGUACACAGGCAUUUGAAACCUGUGCAAAGCAUCACGCGCGAUACGUGGAGAUAGUCGUGCAGCUGCAACAGACGAAGGAUUGCAACUUCAACCAUUCGGGCGCCUUCUGCGCCCCGGUGUCCUGCGCCCUCCCCUACGAGAAGUGGAUCCUCUCUGCUGAGUACUUCGCACACCAGUUCCCAGGCUGCGCAAAGUUCGCGGCCCAGCCCUGCGUGUGGCAGAACUCAGCAAAGCUUGAGCGCUUGGCCCACAUUCGUGACGUUCCUCUCCUCUUCGACCACCUGGAGUUGCUUCCCCACGGCAUCGUCCAGCGCUCCCCUCCCGCCGACCCGCGCGGGGCUUCCACGGCCGCCCUCCUGGCAGCGCUGGAAGCUCUGGAGGAUGACGAUGCUCUGCUCCCAUGGUCCCUUCUUCGGCCCUUUGCUGACGCUGCGCAGCCGCCUGGGCGCGCUGGUCCGCUGCGGGUCUUUCGCUCUAUGCCAGCUCUCCGCCGUUUGCAAGGACUCAAGAUCAUCCUCUACGUGGCUGCCCCGCCUCUGUGGACCCUUUUGUGCCUCCAGGAAGCAUGGGACGGAGAG